CUCCUCGCUCCCAACCUCCCAUGCCGAGGUCCGCCUUGUCAGUCAUUUCCUUUUGUCAUCGGCUUGGGAAACAGGAGAGAAAACGGAGCUUCAUGGGAAACAGCAGCAACAGUUGGUCCCACACGCCAUUCCCCAAGCUGGAGCUGGGCCUGGGGCCCCGGUCCGCGGUGCCCCGGGAGCUGCCCGCCUGCUCCAUCUGCCUGGAGAGGCUGCGCGAGCCCAUUUCGCUGGACUGCGGCCACGACUUCUGCCCGCGCUGCUUCAGCACGCACCGCGUCCCGGGCUGCGAGCUGCCCUGCUGCCCCGAGUGCCGGAAGAUAUGCAAGCAGAAGAAGGGCCUGCGGAGCCUGGGCGAGAGGAUGAGGCUCCUGCCACAGAGGUCCCUGCCCCCUGUGCUGCAGGAGACCUGUGCUGUGAGGGCGGAACCGCUGCUGCUGGUGCGAAUCAAUGCCUCCGGGGGCCUCAUCCUGAGGAUGGGGGCCAUCAACCGCUGCCUGAAGCACCCCCUGGCCAGGGACACCCCCGUCUGCCUGCUUGCUGUCCUGGGCGAGCAGCACUCAGGGAAGACUUUCCUCCUCAACCACUUGCUGCGGGGCCUGCCGGGCCUGGAAUCUGGCGAGGGCAGCUGGCCGAGAGGAGGGGGGUCCCUCCAGGGGUUCCGGUGGGGUGCCAAUAGCCUCACCAAGGGCAUAUGGAUGUGGAGUCACCCCUUCCUGCUGGGGAAAGAGGGGAGGAAGGUGGCUGUGUUCCUGGUGGACACAGGGGAUGCCAUGAGCCCUGAACUGAGCAGAGAAACAAGGACCAAGCUGUGUGCCCUCACCACGAUGCUGAGCUCCUACCAGAUCCUCAACACCUCCCAGGAGCUGAAGGAUACAGACCUGGACUAUCUGGAGAUGUUUGUCCAGGUGGCUGAGGUGAUGGGCAGGCAUUAUGGAAUGGUGCCAAUCCAGCACCUGGAUCUCUUAGUUCGUGACUCGUCCCACAGCAACAAGGCAGGGCAGGGGAAUGUGGGUGACAUCAUCCAGAAGUCGUCCAGCAAAUACCCCAAGGUUCAGGAGCUGCUCCAAGGGAGGCGAGCCCGCUGUUACCUCCUGCCUGCUCCUGGGAGGCGGUGGGGGAGCAGAGCCCACGGAACCCCGGAAGACACAGAUGACGAUUUCCGCCACCUCCGCGCCUACGUCUCGGAUGUGCUGAGCGCCGCCCCCCAGCACGCCAAGAGCCGCUGCCAGGGGUACUGGAGCGAGGGGCGCCCCGUGGCCAGGGGGGACAGACGCCUGCUCACAGGGCAGCAGUUAGCUCAGGAAAUCAAGAACCUCUCAGGCUGGAUGGGGAGGACAGGGCCCGGGUUCUCCUCUCCGGACGAGAUGGCCGCCCAGCUGCAUGACCUGAGGACGGUGGAAGCUGCCAAGAAGGAGUUUGAGGAGUACGUGCGACAGCAGGAUGUGGCCACCAAACGCAUAUUCUCUGCGCUCCGGGUCCUGCCCGACACCAUGCGGAACCUCCUCUCCACCCAGAAAGACGCCAUCCUGGCUCGCCACGGUGUGGCUCUGCUGUGCAAGGGGAGAGAGCAGACAUUAGAGGCCCUGGAGGCCGAGCUGCAGGCCGAGGCCAAGAUCUUCAUGGACUCUUACACCAUGCGCUUCUGUGGCCACCUGGCUGCUGUGGGCGGUGCUGUGGGGGCCGGGCUCAUGGGCCUGGCGGGGGGCGUGGUAGGUGCAGGCAUGGCAGCAGCGGCGCUGGCUGCGGAGGCUGGGAUGGUGGCAGCUGGAGCUGCCGUGGGGGCCACGGGGGCUGCUGUGGUCGGGGGUGGUGUGGGUGCUGGUUUGGCUGCCACUGUGGGCUGCAUGGAGAAGGAGGAGGACGAGAGGGUACAGGAAGGGGACCGAGAGCCCCUGCUCCAGGAGGAGUAACAGC